GCGAUCCUGCGCACUGAAGUUGCUCCUGGUUUGGCGGAGAGUAGCCACACGGAGGCGGGGAGGGCUUUGCAUUGCAGGCGCAGGAGGCUUGGCGCGCUGCUGAGGGCCAGAGGGUUAGCAGGUCUCCCAAAGGGCAAUAUCAUGCCGCGUCCGCUGCUCUGGCGGCGGCUGCUGCUGCUGCUUCUCGGAGUCUGCGGGCUGUGUUCGGGAGACCGCAGCAGCAGCGCCCUGGAGGAGCUGGCCACCGAGAAGGAGGCAGAGGAGAGUCACCGGCAGGACAGCGUGAGCCUCCUGACGUUCAUCCUUCUGCUUACUCUCACCAUUCUCACCAUCUGGCUCUUCAAGCACCGGCGGGUCCGCUUCCUCCACGAGACUGGGCUGGCCAUGAUCUAUGGACUGAUAGUUGGAGUGAUCUUGAGGUAUGGCACACCUUCAGUCAGCAGUCAAGAUAAGGCUUUCAGCUGCUCCCAGGAAAAUCGAGCCUAUACAACUCUGUUGGUCAACAUCAGUGGGAAAUAUUUUGAAUAUACACUAAAAGGAGAAAUAAGCCCUGGAAAAAUACACAAUGUGGAACAGAAUGACAUGUUGCGGAAAGUAACCUUUGACCCAGAAGUAUUCUUCAACAUCCUGCUGCCUCCUAUUAUUUUUCAUGCUGGUUAUAGUUUGAAGAAGAGACACUUCUUCAGAAAUCUGGGGUCUAUUCUGGCUUAUGCCUUCUUGGGAACUGCAGUCUCUUGUUUCAUUAUUGGGAAUCUUAUGUAUGGUGUUGUGAAACUAAUGAAGCUUGUGGGGCAGCUCUCUGAUAAAUUCUACUACACAGAUUGUCUUUUCUUUGGAGCUAUCAUAUCUGCUACUGAUCCAGUCACUGUGCUGGCAAUUUUUAAUGAACUGCACGCUGAUGUUGAUCUCUAUGCACUGCUGUUUGGAGAAAGUGUUUUAAAUGAUGCUGUCGCCAUUGUCUUAUCUUCCUCUAUUGUAGCCUAUCAGCCCACAGGAGGGAAUGUCCAUGCUUUUGAUGCAGCAGCCUUUUUUAAAUCUGUUGGUGUCUUCCUUGGAAUCUUCAGCGGUUCUUUCAUGAUGGGGGCAGUGACAGGAGUUGUUACAGCCUUGGUAACAAAGUUUACAAAGCUACAUUGCUUUCCCUUGCUGGAGACGGCACUCUUUUUCCUGAUGUCUUGGAGCACGUUCCUGCUGGCUGAAGCUUGUGGGUUUACAGGUGUGGUGGCUGUUCUGUUCUGUGGAAUCACACAAGCUCAUUACACAUACAACAAUUUAUCAGUUGAGUCAAGAAGCCGAACCAAGCAGCUCUUUAGAAGUACUUCCCAUUUCCUGGCUGAGAAUUUCAUAUUUUCUUAUAUGGGGUUUAGCCCUGUUUACACUUUCCAGGAAGCUACCAUAUUCAGCCCUAUUUUUUCAUCAUUAGAGCUUCUUUGUCUAACUUUCUUGAUAUGAAAAUUUUUUUUCCUUGGGAGAGCUGCACACAUCUACCCACUCUCUUGGUUCUUGAAUUUGGGCAGAAAGCACAAGAUCAGCUGGAAUUUUCAGCACAUGAUGAUGUUUUCCAGAUAGAGAGGAACCAUGGCCUUUUGCCUCACAACCAUGGGCUUCAUAAGAGACACUUUAACUUAUUCUCAUCAGAUGAUGUUUACCUACAACGCUCUCUGAUGCGUCUUCUUUACCGUUUGGAUAAUUGAUGGCGGUGGCACAAACCCCAUGCUUUCCUGGUUAAAUAUAAGGUAAGCAUCUUGAGUUGGCUAGUAUGUUCCAUCGGUGGAAGAGAUGAAUGAAAGCCAGCUGGCUUACUUCAGGAUUUGGGUCGACCCAGAUCAAGACCCACCACCCAGCAACGACAGCUUUCAAGUGCUUACAAAGGAGGGUCCAGAUGUUGAAAGAAGAAACAGGACAAAGCAGGAAAGUGCUUGGAUCUUCAGGCUAUGGUAUAGCUUUGACCACAAUUACUUGAAGCCCAUCCUUACGCACAGUGGCCCUCCAUUAUCAACGACUUUUCCAAGCUGGUGUGGAUUAAUAGCUCGCUGCUUGACUAGUCCUCAGGUUUACGAGAAUCAUGAACAGCUUAGAGAUGAAGACUCUGAUUUUAUUCUUAAUGACAGUGACCUGACUUUGACAUAUGGGGACACUACAAUAACUGCUAAUGGAUCUUCUGGUUCACACACUGCUACUACUAGCCUUGAUGGCAGGAAGACAAAAAGUAGCUCGGAGGAGGCUCUAGAAUGUGAUUUGGGAACAGAAGCACCUGAGGUGAUGAGCAGAGGGACUCGGCUAGUAUUUCCACUAGAUGCAUAAUUGGCUCAGUCAAGACAGCAAUAUGCCCAAGGAUCCAAGAUGGCUGCCAGUCCCAAUGUCAAUGGAGGUGCAUAGCAAGUUCAAUUAAUAUCUCUUGUACAAGUGGUUUAUUAAGGUCUGGCAAGGCCAAUCUCAACCCUCUCUCUCUUAACUUAAUGUAAAAUCCUGACAUUUUCUAAACCAGACAACUGAAAAAUUGGGUCAGUGUCUCUUAAAAAUGCAUACUUGAAAUUUAAAGCAGCAUGCUGUAAUCAUCUCAUUGUGCUGCAAUACUAGUCUGAUGAGAGUUGUUGGGAUAUUAACUGUCAUAACGGGCCAACAACAAAAGCUUUUGGACUGGAAAGGAAGAGAGGAUGCUAAUGUUUGUCAUGGAUGAAAAGUGCAAUGUUUAUUUGACAUUUACUUGAAAAAGGUAGGAACAAGACAAUUAUACAAUUCAAAAUAUCAACAUCAGCAACAUUGUUCUGAGAUGUGUCACUGAGAAACAAAGCUCCAUUUCAUUUCAGGGGAAUUUUUUUUAAAAGUCCUUGCUAGUGUCUCAAAGGGGAAGUGUACUCUCUUCCCAGUAACAUGGAAAAUGUAUUGAAAAUGCUGUUCAGAAAUCCAUGGUUGCAUCAUAAGCAAGUCUGUUUGCUAUCCAAAAUAUAUAUUCCCUGUCUCGUGCCCUUAUAUCAGGUUCUCUUGCUAAAAUCAUAGAAUUCCUUGGCGGAAGGAAUGACUAGUGACCCAGGACAACUGUAGAUUGUGACCAUCCUCUUCACAAGUGCAAGAGUGUCAUACUAUGAAUACAAAGUAUUAAACACAAUGCUGUUUCCUGUUCAAGAUGCACAGUUACUCAUAGCAUCUGGUUCAAGAUCCAGUUUCGUUUCUGGAUUUAAAUUGUGUGUCUUUAAUCAAGGAGGAUAAGCCAACCCAAAACACGAUGUUUAUGUCAGAGCAAAAACAAAAUGCUUCUGUUUCUCUGGGAACCAUGUGGAUGUGUUAGCAGCAUGUUACACUGUUAUCCAGAUACUUUAAACUGGUGCUGUGCCUUUUUCCUGUAAUAAUAGAAGAAUAUCAUGUUGUAAUGUGAAAAGAGAAUCCUUUAAACAGGAUCCAACAAAUGAAUGACCUCAAACGCAAUCAGAUCCCCUCCACUUCCCUGCAUGGGAGCUCAGCUACCGCAAGCAGGAUUCAAUGUAAUGUUUUGACUGUAAUAGGUAGGGUUUUUCUUGAACCAACUACUGUGUAAUUUAAUUGUGUCAAAUAUGCUUAGGGAGAUCUUUUAAAAAUUCCCCUUUUUUGCCUACUACCAUGAAAACCAUCUUUUACUUGCCAUUUUAUCUUAGUUUGUUUUGUGAAGCAUAAAUGAAAUUUGAACCAACCUAAUAAAGUUCAUAAUUCUC